AUGGCAAUUGUGACUGGAAGUGACGUCACGGCCGUCAAGGUCAAGGUCAAGUCGCGUAAGCGCGCUGCCGACUCGGAGCCGGAAGUGAAACAGGGCCUCGCAUUCCCCAAGCAGCCGCGCAUCGAGGCCAAGACCGACAAGACGAGAUGGAGGAUCAAGGACGACGACAGCAACCACACCUGGCACUACCUGGCCGACGACGAAGCCGCAAAGGAAUGGCCUCAGAGCUAUGCUGAGAAGUGGUACUUGAAUCUGCCUCUGCUUGGUUCCCCUGUCGAUGCUGAUGCUGACCUCCUGCAGGAUCUCCCCGAGUUGCCAAAGCCCGAUAGCCCAUUGGCCGCCGCGACGAAUGGCCUCGAGUUCUUCGAAAAGCUUCAGCUUCCCAGCGGUCACUGGGGUUGCGAGUAUGGCGGUCCUAUGUUCCUCCUCCCCGGCAUCGUCAUCGCUUGGUACGUGACCAAGACGCCGAUUCCCUCUGGCCAUGCGACCGAGAUCAAGGACUACCUGACGGCACGAGCACACCCCGAAGAUGGCGGUUGGGGUUUACAUAUUGAGGGCGAAAGUACCGUGUUUGGCACAGCGCUGAACUAUACGGUUCUUCGACUCAUUGGCGUCGACCCUGAGGAUCCCAUGAUGGUCAAGGCAAGGGGCACACUUCACAAGCUGGGAGGCGCACUUUAUGCGCCGCACUGGGCCAAGUUCUGGCUGGCUGUGUUGGGCGUGGUGGACUGGGACAUUGUUAACCCUGUGCCUCCUGAGCUCUGGCUUCUCCCCGACUGGGUUCCAUUUGCUCCUUGGCGGUGGUGGAUUCAUAUCCGCAUGGUGUUCCUGCCCAUGGGAUACCUCUACUCCAGGAGGUGGAGCUGUGAAGAGACCGAUGUGAUUCGAGGGUUGAAGCAGGAGUUAUUCCCCGAGAAUUAUGCCAGCAUCAACUGGGCCAAGCACAGAAACAGUAUCACGGUUGUCGACAACUAUCACCCAAAGUCAUGGCUACUCAACACGGCCAAUUGGUUCUUGGCCAACAUCUGGCAACCAUAUCUCCGACCCAACUACAUCAAAGACAAGGCGGAGGCUUGGGUCAGCAAGCAGGUAGACAUGGAGGAUGCUAAUACGGAUUAUGCCGACCUGGCUCCCGUCAACGGAGCCAUGAACACCGUCAUGUGUUAUGUCCGCGAUGGUCCCGGUGCUUAUAGUGUAAAGAGGCAUGUCGAGCGCCUUGAGGAGUUCCUGUGGGUCAAGGACGAAGGAAUGCUCGCCAACGGCACCAACGGUGUGCAGUGUUGGGAUACGGCCUUUACGAUCCAGGCCAUCUUUGAAGCUGGUCUUCAUAAUGAUGAGAGGUGGAGGCCCAUGUUGCUGAAAUCGCUUCAUUAUCUAGAGCGCCACCAGAUUCGAGAGAACUGUGUGGACCAAGACAUAUGCUACCGACAGCCUCGCAAGGGUGGCUGGCCAUUUAGCAACAGAGACCAAGGCUACGGUGUUAGCGAUUGUAUCUCGGAAGCUCUCAAGGCCAUCAUUCUGCUCCAAAAGACGGAUGGCUUCCCCCAGGUCCUUGAAGACCAGCGCAUCUUUGACGCUGUGGACACCCUGCUGCUGUAUCAGAACCAAGACACGGGCGCCAUGUCGUCAUACGAGAGGCGCAGAGGAGGGGAGUGGAUGGAGAUGCUCAACGCCGCCGAGGUGUUUGGUAGAAUCAUGAUCGAGUACGACUACCCCGAGUGCACGACAGCCUGCGUGACAGCCCUGUCGCUGUUCCAGGAGCACUGGCCUGAUUACCGAACCGACGAGAUCAACAAGGUUAUCCGAGAGGCAACCGAAUGGAUCAAGACCAACCAGCGACCCGACGGCAGCUGGUACGGAAGUUGGGGCAUCUGCUUUACUUACGCCUCCAUGUUUGCGCUUGAAAGCAUGGCACAUGUUGGACAAACAUAUGCCACAGGGAUUAACGCAAAGCGUGGAUGUGAUUUUCUCCUCUCCAAGCAGAGACCCGACGGCGGGUGGUCAGAAAGCUACAAGGCCUGUGAAACCAUGGAGUACCACGAGCACCCCUCAGGUUCCCUUGUCGUACAAACCGCAUGGGCCCUGAUCGGCCUCUUCGAGGCAGAAUACCCCGACGUGGAGCCCCUGAAGAAGGGAAUCCAGUUCAUCAUGGACCGGCAGCAGCCCAACGGGGAGUGGCUGCAGGAGGCGAUCGAGGGUGUGUUUAACAAGUCUUGCAUGAUCUCUUACCCCAACUACAAGUUUAGCUUUACCAUCAAGGCACUCGGCAUGUUUGCAAAGAGGUUCCCAGAGGAAAAGAUUGUGCCGAGUUGGGCGCAUAAGGUUAAUGGGGUGAAAGCUUAGAGUAUACAGAUAGAGGAGAAGAUGCUGGCAUCUGCAGAGCUGGGGCCGUGGCCUCUUAAUGAUGGCAAGACUUACCAAGAGCUGUCAGGGUUUAUAGAAGGAGAUAUUACCAAUAUUCAUUAAUUCCAGUCUUUC